CUACACGUUUGUCUUUUCAGUAACAAAUCAUAUAAAAAUCAAACGAGAGAAAAAAAAAUUCGAUUCUAGAAAGAAAAAAUGAAAGUAAGACUGAAGAUGAAGCGAGAACUUUCCGCCAUUGUUAUACAUGCAAUUCUCUAUAUUCUCUUCUUACUUCUUCUUCUUCUACCUUCUUGUUCCGCUCAUUUGAUUUCCGAUGAAUCGUUUGAUGUGCGUCAACAUCUAUCCACCGUUUCGAGAUAUGGAACUGUGAAAGAUAUUGUGGAUAAUUCAUUUGUUCCUGCGAAUAUACCCGAUACUUGUACGCCUAUUCAUCUAAAUCUUGUGGCAAGGCAUGGAACCAGAGCCCCUACUAAGAAGCGAAUGAGGGAAAUGGAGAGGCUAGCCUCAUCAUUGCAAGCACUCAUAGCAGAUGCAACAGAACGGCAGUUGUCUUUGGAUAACGUUCCUGCUUGGUUAUUUGGAUGGACAUCUCCGUGGAAAGGCAAGGUGAAGGGUGGAGAAUUGGUUGUCAAAGGAGAAGAGGAACUCUAUGAUCUUGGAAUCAGGAUUCGAGAAAAAUAUCCAAAUCUGUUAAAUUAUGAAUAUCACCCUGAUGUAUAUACAAUUAAAGCAACUCAGGUACCUCGAGCUUCUGCUAGUGCUGUGGCUUUUGCAAUGGGACUGUUCAGUGGCAGGGGAAACCUUGGGCCAGGGAAUCAUCGGGCUUUUGCUGUCAGCACCGAAAGUCGUGCAAGUGACUUGUUGCUGAGGUUUUUUGACACCUGCCAAAGUUAUAAGAACUACAGGAUAAAUGAGGAACCUGCAGUUGAAAAGCUCAAGGAACCUGUUCUUGAUGAAAUAACUAGUACUUUUUCUGUACGCUAUGGAUUGAAUUUCACUAGACAAGAUGUCUCUUCUCUCUGGUUUUUAUGUAAGCAGGAAGCAUCUUUACUAGACAUAACUAAUCAAGCUUGUGGUCUUUUUAAUCCGACUGAGAUUGCUUUGCUGGAGUGGACAGAUGAUCUGGAGGGGUUCAUAUUAAAAGGAUACGGAAAUUCCGUGAACUAUCGGAUGGGAUUGCCUUUGUUAAAAGAUGUUGUGGAGUCCAUGGAUCUUGCUAUUAAAGCCAAUAAAGAAGCACUGCCUGAUGGGAGUUACGAGAAGGCAAGGCUUCGAUUUGCUCAUGCCGAGACUGUUGUCCCUUUUUCUUGUCUGCUUGGUCUCUUUCUUGAAGAAUCCGACUAUAAUCUCAUCCUAAAGGAAAAAUCAAUGCCGCUCCCUCCAAAGCCUCCCCAAAGACGAACUUGGAGAGGCAGUGUCGUUGCGCCAUUUGCAGGGAAUAACAUGCUUGUACUGUAUAGCUGUCCAGCCAGUAGAGCAAACUCCAGCAAUUAUUUUGUUCAUGUACUUCAUAACGAGCAUCCAAUACCUUUACCGGGCUGUGGCAACUCUGACUUUUGUCCAUUCGAAGUUUUCAAGGAAAGGAUAUUUGAACCUCAUUUGAAACAUGAUUAUCAUGCUAUCUGCACAGUGAAGGAUGCAGUGGUGGAACCUGCUCCCAGUAAGUUGUCAUCUUUGUUUGGUUGGCUUUUCUCUCAGAAGAGUGAUGGAAAGGAGUCACAGAAUGUUGAUUUAUAGUGGCUAAACAAAUGGGGUUUACUCUUUUUGUCCCAAACAUCCAUUCCGAGAAAGUCGCCAAUUGCCAGAUCUGUGUAGUGAAGUACUGUUUUGGUUGACUGUUGUGGGCAUCUGCAUUGUUUUUACAAACUCGAUGUGGAACUACACUUUGAUUAAAAAACUUGAAUGCUCAUCACUGACAUAGAAGAGUCUAAUUGAAUCUGAAUCUGCGACUCUAAAAUUGAAUUGUAAGCAAGUGUGUGGCGUUGGUAAAUGAGAAUCAGACAAUGCUCAUGGUUCUCUUUUGAGUUGUAUUGUGAUCUUAAUCUUAUGCCCAUAUGCAAGGAUUGAAUGUUACAUGCACAUGUAACUAAUAUCUUAUUAUCAAGUGAUUAUUUUUUAGAUGAGGUUUUAUUUUCUAUCAA